AUGCUGACCUUGUCCCGGCGGGCGUUGGUGUAUGCGGCGGCUCCGGCCCCAGUUGCUGUCUGUCAAGGCGGAGUGACUGCAAUCACACGAUUCAACAGCAUGGCUGAGGUAUCCUUCCACGCAACAUGCGUAAACAAAGUGCAAACUUGACAGUUGCAGACUGCAGGCAGCAAAUACUCUAUAUUGUAUUUAGAUGAUUAGGCCUACAGUUUUACAAUCUCUUUAGGCACCGCCAAAGAAGACAACAUUUGGACCCCUGGCUGACCAGGAUAGAAUUUUCACCAACCUGUAUGGCAGACAUGACUGGAGGUACCAUCACAAACUGCUCUCCAUUAGGGCUGACCCCAUUUAGUCAAUUGUUUAGUCGAUAGGCUGUUGAUAGACUGAGAUUUCUUUAGUCAAGCAGUAGCAAAAAAAUAUAUAAAUAAGUAUGGUGUACAAGACACCUGUCUGAGUGGACUGAUCCAUUGUGGAGGCAGUGGGGAUGGCACAGUCCAUCAGUCUAAAACAUGUGCUACUGAAAUUGUAUAUGGUUAUAUUACAUAAGAACAAUGGUGCAACACCUUGUGGUGAUGUAUGUUCUUAUUGUUAAUCCCAGCCCCUGUCCCCGCAGGAGGCCUUUGCCUUUUGGUAGGCCAUCAUUGUAAAUAAGAAUUUGUUCUUAGCUGACUUGCCUAGUUAAAUAAAGGUUAAAUAAAAAAAGUAAUAAAAAACACCGAAUAAAAAUUAUAUUAUUUUAUAACAAAUGCACUUUCUCCUACGUUGGAUAGUGGUUGCUGUCCGCGGUUCAGAAACACAUCAGUGCACUGUUGAAUUGGCGCCUUUUCCUAGACCAUGUUGCUAUGUGCAUAAUAGCAAAGUUAACCAGCAUAUUGGUGUUGAGAGCAAUGCGGCGGAGGCAGCAGCAGAAUGAGGGGAUGAGAAAACAGCCCUUGCCUUAUUGUCUAAGAAAAGUGAGGAGAGAGGAAACCUCAACUUAAUUAGGUCUAUAAUCAAUAGCCUAACUGUUAAAUGUGCCUGGCUUUAUAAAUCAUCAACAUAUCUACAGAAAUAAGACAGAUUCUGCUUCUGUUGCCUGUUUGAGUGUUUCUUUAAUAGCCUGCUGAUUCCUUGAGUGCCAAGCCUCACACAACGACAUGUCAACUAAACAAUUUCACAAAUGUGGCUGUUUUUAAAUAUUUGCUUUGCUGUAAUAAAGGCUUUACACUUGUUUUCGUUAGAACAGUCUCUGGUAUUAUAAUACACUGCUCAAAAAAAUAAAGGGAACACUUAAACAACACAAUGUAACUCCAAGUCAAUCACACUUCUGUGAAAUCAAACUGUCCACUUAGGAAGCAACACUGAUUGACAAUACAUUUCACAUGCUGUUGUGCAAAUGGAAUAGACAACAGGUGGAAAUUAUAGGCAAUUAGCAAGACACCCCCAAUAAAGAAGUGGUUAUGCAGGUGGUGACCACAGACCACUUCUCAGUUCCUAUGCUUCCUGGCUGAUGUUUUGGUCACUUUUGAAUGCUGGCGGUGCUUUCACUCUAGUGGUAGCAUGAGACGGAGUCUACAACCCACAAAAGUGGCUCAGGUAGUGCAGCUCAUCCAGGAUGGCACAUCAAUGCGAGCUGUGGCAAGAAGGUUUGCUGUGUCUGUCAGCGUAGUGUCCAGAGCAUGGAGGCGCUACCAGGAGACAGGCCAGUACAUCAGGAGACGUGGAGGAGGCCGUAGGAGGGCAACAACCGAGCAGCAGGACCGCUACCUCCGCCUUUGUGCAAGGAGGAGCAGGAGGAGCACUGCCAGAGCCCUGCAAAAUGACCUCCAGCAGGCCACAAAUGUGCAUGUGUCUGCUCAAACGGUCAGAAACAGACUCCAUGAGGGUGGUAUGAGGGCCCGACGUCCACAGGUGGGGGUUGUGCUUACAGCCCAACACCGUGCAGGACGUUUGGCAUUUGCCAGAGAACACCAAGAUUGGCAAAUUCGCCACUGGCGCCCUGUGCUCUUCACAGAUGAAAGCAGGUUCACACUGAGCACAUGUGACAGACGUGACAGAGUCUGGAGACGCCGUGGAGAACGUUCUGCUGCCUGCAACAUCCUCCAGCGUGACCAGUUUGGCGGUGGGUCAGUCAUGGUGUGGGGUGGCAUUUCUUUGGGGGGCCGCACAGCCCUCCAUGUGCUCGCCAGAGGUAGCCUGACUGCCAUUAGGUACCAAGAUGAGAUCCUCAGACCCCUUGUGAGACCAUAUGCUGGUGCGGUUGGCCCUGGGUUCCUCCUAAUGCAAGACAAUGCUAGACCUCAUGUGGCUGAAGUGUGUCAGCAGUUCCUGCAAGAGGAAGGCAUUGAUGCUAUGGACUGGCCCGCCCGUUCCCCAGACCUGAAUCCAAUUGAGCACAUCUGGGACAUCAUGUCUCGCUCCAUCCACCAACGCCACGUUGCACCACAGACUGUCCAGGAGUUGGCGGAUGCUUUAGUCCAGGUCUGGGAGGAGAUCCCUCAGGAGACCAUCCGCCACCUCAUCAGGAGCAUGCCCAGGCGUUGUAGGGAGGUCAUACAGGCACGUGGAGGCCACACACACUACUGAGCCUCAUUUUGACUUGUUUUAAGGACAUUACAUCAAAGUUGGAUCAGCCUGUAGUGUGGUUUUCCACUUUAAUUUUGAGGGUGACUCCAAAUCCAGACCUCCAUGGGUUGAUACAUUUGAUUUCCAUUGAUAAUAUUUGUGUGAUUUUGUUGUCAGCACAUUCAACUAUGUAAAGAAAAAAGUAUUUCAUAAGAUUAUUUCAUUCAUUCAGAUCUAGGAUGUGUUGUUUAAGUGUUCCCUUUAUUUUUUUGAGCAGUGUAUAUUUAGUGUUGUUUACACUGUUCCAAAUUCUCAGAAAUAUGUAUUAUAACAAUAACGCACCUUUUUCUUGAUCUUCUUAUUGUUAUUAUUACUAUUAUUAUUAUGAUCAUAAGUAAUGUCAUUAUCAUUAGUAGGCUUAAUAUAGCAACCUUGUAUAACCACCAUUGAGCUGUAGGCGUAAGAGCGCAUCCUUUUUAGUCUUAAUACCGUAACUUACUUAGGCCUAUAUUUCAAUACUUAUAUAGGCUACUGUAUCAAUCAAUCAUUCAUUUGUUCAUGUCAUCACACAGUAUACGAGUUAUUCAUGAUUUGAAAUGCAAUCAUGCAUUUUAGUUUUAAAAUAAAAUAAAGCAAGCCUCUAAUAAUUAGCUUAAACAAUAAAUAAACCGUUCCUUUUUGGAAAUUGCAUUCACUAAUGAAUGCGACUGUUUUUACUCUUUGCUGUAACAAAGGCUUAACAUUUUUUUUACAAAAGACUGAUACGCUUAUCAUUUAUUUAGUGUUGUUUACAUAGUUCUAAACAGUCAGGAAAAUUAUAUAGUAAUCUAUACAUCACCUGUUUUGCACACAUAAUAUGCACGCACCUUAUUUUUCUUGAUCUCCAGUAUUUUCCACUACUAGUCAAAUUUAUUGCACACAUCUGACUUUCCCUUUACCUCCAUUUACCUUCCCUUUCCACCUUUACCUCCUAGUCCCGUCCGAAUCUGCCAUGUCAGUAAUUUUGACAUAGCAGGAGUGUAACAAUUCCAGCCAGAAUAACCUACUGUUUUUUGACUCCCUCUAGUAAUUUGUGUGUCUUAAUUAUUUAAUCAAACAGUGUGCUUAAAGCAUCAGACAAGCUCAGUGAAUAUAGUUGAUUUGAUUAAAACACAUAAGAUGUGUCAAUAUAUGGAGAAAUACACUUUUUGAAAUUUCGACCAAGAUUAUUUUUAGUUGGGGACAGCCCUACUCUCCCUACACAACAUUGUACACAAUGUUGGAAAUGCUGGCCUUUGGGAUAUGAGAGCUUGGGCCAGUGUUCUUCAUAUGUAUAAGAAUAUACCAUUCCAUGCAUAUUACUUAUUUAUAAAGUAUUAUGCUAAUGUUGUAGUAUUCUUAGGAAUUAGGUGUCAUAUUUAUCCCUCUCUCCCUAUGUUGUCCCAGGUUGAAGGGAGCUCAGAGUCGUGGUGACUGGUACAAGACCAAGGAGAUCUUGCUGAAGGGAGUGGACUGGAUCCUCAAUGAGAUCAAAGUCUCAGGGCUGCGGGGGAGAGGUGGAGCCGGGUUCCCCACUGGCAUGAAGUGGGGCUUCAUGAACAAGCCCAGUGAUGGCAGGUCAGUGGUACUGCCCUUAUUGCUCAUUUAAAGCUCUGUGGUGACAUUUCCCCUAGGUACUGAUCUAGGAUCAGCUUCCACUCCCCCAAUUCUAACCCCCAUUUGACUCCUGUGCCAACUUUGACCUGAGUAAGGAAUCUAAAACUAAAACUCCUAUCCCCCCCUUCAUCUGUUCCUUAGGCCAAAGUACCUGGUGGUGAAUGCUGAUGAAGGAGAACCUGGCACCUGUAAGGACAGGGAGAUCAUGCGUAACGACCCACACAAGCUGGUGGAGGGCUGCCUGGUGGCAGGAAGGGCCAUGGGAGCCCGUGCUGCCUACAUCUACAUCAGGGGAGAGUUCUACAACGAGUCCUCCAACCUGCAGGUGAGAGCAGGGACUGCAUGAAAAGGUAAAACAAGUUCAUAACUACAAAACAGUUGAGGUUGAUCUCUAGGCAGUUAGGCUGCAAUUCUUCUUAGAUGUGGCACACUUUUUCACCUUCACCUUUUCCGAUGUUCUUACUAAAUUGAACACAUAUAUGAUUCCUUUAAGGUAAUCGAUUUUGAAUGACAUUCAUUGAUGUCUUCUUUGAUCCUGGUUUUGACCUCAGAUAGCCAUCAAUGAGGCCUAUGCGGCUGGUCUGAUUGGGAAGAACUCCUGCGGCUCUGGCUACGACUUUGAUGUGUUUGUGAUGCGUGGGGCCGGUGCCUACAUCUGUGGAGAGGAGACGGCACUCAUCGAGUCCCUCGAGGGCAAGCAAGGGAAGCCCCGCCUGAAGCCCCCAUUCCCUGCUGAUGUGGGUGAGUUACUGAGGUGGAGAGGGAGAUGGAGUCCUCCCCAUGAUGUAGUCAUACCACAAUAUGGAACUAAUCAUGACAUGGCAAUGGCAUGUUAUUGAUGAUAAUAGGUCAAUUUAGAGGUUCAACCAAACACCUACUUCAAUACCAAUAACAUCCAAAUAUCCUUUGACUUUUCUUCUAAAAGUUUAAUUCUAAACUUGUUGACCGUUUUGUUCCCUCUAAGGUGUGUUUGGUUGCCCAACAACUGUCGCCAACGUGGAAACAGUAGCCGUGGCGCCCACUAUUUGUCGCCGUGGUGGCACGUGGUUCCUAGGCUUUGGCAGAGAGAGGAAUUCGGGCACAAAACUCUUCAACAUCUCGGGUCAUGUCAACACCCCCUGCACAGUGGAGGAGGAGAUGUCUAUUCCUCUCAAGGACCUCAUCGAGCGGCACGCAGGUAAGUCCUUAGCGUACACCACCGUGAGCAUUUAAAACUGAGCUGCAUCUGUCUCUUCCCAAUGUAUACUAACCACCUCACCAUUGUAACUACAGUUAGCAAACAUCUGCUUAUGAAUGUCAGUUCUAAGAUAUCCAAUAUAUAUGUACUGAAUGUUGUCUUAAAUUAGUAAAAAGGCAAUCCAGAGGAUUUUAAGAUAGCAGGUGGUUUUGUAUCAAAGCCCUGGAUCAGGUUGCCUAGUAAACACUAAUGCCACUACAGAUCUUUUUCAGUAGUAAGGCACAGUAUUUAUCUCAUACUUGCUCAUUAACUCACACACGCAGCCUCAAUUCAACUGACAGAAGUGUAUGUCUCUCUCUCAGGUGGCGUGCGCGGUGGCUGGGACAAUCUGUUGUGUGUGAUACCUGGAGGCUCUUCCACACCCCUCAUCCCCCGUUCAGUGUGUGACACCGUGCUGAUGGACUUUGACGGCCUGGUCCAGGCUCAGACUGGCCUCGGCACCGCUGCUCUCAUCGUCAUGGACAAAUCUGUAAGCUCUCACCCACACAGUAUGGGCUGGUUUCCCAGACAUUGAUCAGGCCUAGUCCAGGACUAAGAAGCACUUUCAAUGGAAGAUCUCCAUUGAAAAGGUUAUUUAGUCCAGGACUAGGGUUAAUCUGUGUCUGGGAAACCAGCCCUAUAUGUAUAAGUAACAGUAUAACACUGAUGAGAAAGUGAUUCUUACAUCUAGGAGAACCGAAAUUUGAUUCUUACGUCUAGGAGAACCGAAAUUUGAUCUAACACAUUGAGAUAUACAGUACCAGUCAAAAGUUUGGACACACCUACUUAUUCAAGGGUUUUUCUUUACUUUGACUAUUUACUACAUUGUAGAAUAAUAGUGAAGACAUCAAAACUAUGAAAUAACACAUAUGGAAUCAUGUAGUAACCAAAAAGGUGUUAAACAAAUCAAAAUAGAUUUGAGAUUUUUCAAAUAGCCACCCUUUGCCUUGAUGACAGCUUUGCACACUCUUGGCAUUCUCUCAACCAGCUUCACCUGGAAUGCAUUUCCAACAGUCUUAAAGAAGUUCCCACAUAUGCUGAGCACUUGUUGGCUGCUUUUCCUUCACUCUGCGGUCUGACUCAUCCCAAACCAUCUCAAUUGGGUUGAGGUCAGGGGAUUGUGGAGGCCAGGUCAUCUGAUGCAGCACUCCAUCACUCUCCUUCUUGGUAAAAUAGCCCUUACACAGCCUGGAGGUGUGUUGGGUCAUUGUCCUGUUGAAAAACAAAUGAUAGUCCCACUAAGCCCAAACCAGAUGGGAUGGCGUAUCGCUGCAGAAUUCUGUGGUAGCCAUGCUGAUUAAGUGUGCCUUGAAUUCUAAAUAAAUCACAGACAGUGUCACCAGCAAAGCACCCUGGAAUACAUUACACCUCUUGCAUGCAUUACGGUGGGAACUACACAUGCGGAGAUCAUCCGUUCACCCACACCAACCAAAAAUCUCCAAUUUGGACUCCAGACCAAAGGACACAUUUCCACCGGUCUAAUGUCCUUUGCUCGUGUUUCUUGGCCCAAGCAGAUCUCUUAUUGGUGUCAUUUAGUAGUGAUUUCUUUGCAGCAACACGACCACAAAGUCCCCUCUGAACAGUUGAUGUUGAGAUGUGUCUGUGACUUGAACUCUGAAGCAUUUAUUUGGGCUGCAAUUUCUGAGGCUGGUAACUAAUUAACUUAUCCUCUGCAGCAGAGGUAACUCUGGGUCUUCCAUUCCUGUGGCGGUCCUCAUGAGAGCCAGUUUCAUCAUAGCGCUUGAUGGUUUUUGCGACUGCACUUGAAGAAACUUUCAAAGUUCUUGAAAUGUUCCGUAUUGACUGACCUUCAUGUCUUAAAGUAAUGAUGGACGGUCGUUUCGCUUUGCUUAUUUGAGCUGUUCUUGCCAUAAUAUGGACUUGGUCUUUUACCAAACAGGGCUAUCUUCUGUAUACCCCCCUACCUUGUCACAACACAACUGAUUGGCUCAAAUGCAUUAAGAAGGAAAGAAAUUCCACAAAUUAACUUUUAAGAAGGCACACCUGUUAAUUGAAAUGUAUUCCAGGUGACUACCUCAUGAAGCUGGUUGAGAGAAUGCCAAGCGUGUGCAAAGGGUGGCUAUUUGAAGAAUCUCAAAUAUAAAAUAUAUUUGGAUUUGUUUAACACUUUUUUGGUUACUACAUGAUUCCAUAUGUGUUAUUUCAUAGUUUUGAUGUCUUCACUAUUAUUCUACAAUGUAAAAAUAAAGAAUAACCCUGGAAUGAGUAGGUGUGUCCAAACUUUUGACUGGUAGUGUAUGUUGUUGAGAGAUGUACUCUGUCAUUGCAGACGGACGUCAUCAGAGCCAUUGCCCGUUUGAUUGAGUUCUACAAACACGAGAGCUGUGGCCAGUGCACCCCCUGCAGGGAGGGUAAGGAUAUUUUUGAGUGACACAUUCUGGUUGGCCCACCAUUUUGGGCUGUCCUUGCUCGCACAAGGCUACUUACUUUCUUAACUAUUUUGAUUCAAAUGUUGUACCUUUAAAGAGUGCUACAAGUCUGUUUGUCUCUACCCUAUUCCCAUCUGUAUCUCACUCAUUCAAACUUUUUCUCUUGUCCUGUGUGAAGGAGUGGACUGGAUGAACAAGAUGAUGUGGCGCUUUGUUAAGGGUGAUGCAGGGGUGGCUGAGAUCGACAUGAUCUGGGAAAUCAGCAAACAGAUUGAGGGGCACACCAUCUGUGCCUUGGGUGAUGGAGCCGCGUGGCCCGUACAGGUGAAUACAGGAGAUAGAUAUAAACACACUGAGGCUCAACUUGUUAUGCCUCAUUCACACUAUAGUGCCAAGCUGAGCUAUCCUGGGCAGGCCUGGCUACACAUCUAUCCACCAUAGUGAAAAUAAAAUAUCCAAGCCAGCACAGUACGGUUGGUUCGGUCAGCCAUAUAGAGUGAAUUAGGCAUUAGUGUGUAUUGGUGGUAACUAAUACAGGUUUCUAUGGGCUGUGCCUGUAUCUGUCCAGAGAGAUAGCUAUUUAAACAGAUUUGAUUUGGUAAUAGUGUAGUUUGGUGACUGGCCCUUUUCGUAACUCACUCUCUCCUCUUCUUUCUCUCUGUAGGGAUUGAUCAGACACUUCAGGCCUAUCAUGGAGACCCGAAUUGCAGAGUUCCAGCAGAAGGACCAGGCCAGGUCUUAAAUCUCUCCUUUGUCCCCUCCCUCUCUCCUGAAAAUGGCCUCAUGACGUCAUUCACCGUCUACCCAUCAUUCACAGAUUAUUGAAACAAGAAUGUGUUUCCUCUCACUCAUUGCCUUCCUGUUUUUGCUUUGUCUAAAGUCGCCAAUAAAGCUCUAUGAACCCUAAAAUAGGUAAACAAUUCAACA